CAGCCGUUGCCAUGGAGAUCGUGUACGUGUACGUCAAGAAGCGCAGUGAGUUCGGAAAGCAAUGCAACUUCUCAGACCGCCAGGCCGAGCUGAACAUCGACAUCCCGCCCAACCCCGAGCUGGCCGAGCAGUUCGUGGAGCGGAACCCGGUGGACACGGGCAUCCAGUGCUCGGUCAGCAUGUCGGAACACGAGGCCAACACGGAGAGGUUCGAGAUGGAGACCCGCGGAGUGAACCACAUCGAGGGGGGCUGGCCCAAGGAUGUGAAUCCCCAGGAGCUGGAGCAGACCAUCCGCUUCCGGAAGAAAGUGGAGAAGGACGAGAACUACAUCAACGCCAUCAUGCAGCUGGGCUCGAUCAUGGAACACUGUAUCAAACAGAACAACGCCAUUGAUAUCUACCAGGAAUAUUUUGACGAUCAUGAAGCCGUGGAGGUGACCGAGGAGGCCCCGUCGGCCAAGACCAUCAAUGUUUUCAGGGACCCCCAGGAGAUCAAGCGGACGGCCACGCACCUCUCCUGGCACCCCGACGGCAACAGGAAGUUGGCGGUGGCCUACUCCUGUCUGAAUUUCCAGCGUGCCCCUUUUGGCAUGAGCCACGAGUCUUACAUCUGGGACCUGGAAAACCCCAACAAGCCAGAAAUCACGCUGAAGCCGUCUUCCCCGUUGGUCACCUUGGAGUACAAUCCCAAAGAUUCCCAUGUGCUCAUCGGCGGCUGCUACAACGGGCAGAUAGCCUGCUGGGACACCCGGAAGGGUAGUCUGGUGGCCGAGCUGUCCACCAUUGAGUUCAGCCACCGAGACCCCGUGUACGGCACCAUCUGGCUGCAGUCAAAGACAGGAACGGAGUGCUUCUCAGCGUCCACGGACGGGCAGGUCAUGUGGUGGGACAUCCGCAAGAUCAGCGAGCCCACCGAGGUGGUGAUCAUGGACAUCAGCAGGAAGGAGCAGCUGGAGAACGCCCUGGGGGCCAUCUCCCUGGAGUUCGAGUCUACUUUGCCAACCAAGUUCAUGGUGGGCACCGAACAGGGCAUCGUCAUCUCCUGUAACCGCAAGGCCAAGACCACAGCUGAGAAGAUUGUGUGCACCUACGGGGGCCAUCAUGGCCCCAUCUACGCCCUGCAGAGGAACCCUUUCUACCCCAAGAACUUCCUCACCGUAGGUGACUGGACAGCGCGCAUCUGGUCAGAGGACAGCCGGGAGUCGUCCAUCAUGUGGACCAAGUACCAUAUGGCCUAUCUCACGGAUGGCGCCUGGAGCCCCACGCGGCCGGCGGUUUUCUUUACCACCAAGAUGGACGGGACCCUGGACAUCUGGGACUUUGUGUUUAAGCAGUGCGACCCGGCCCUCAGCCUGAAGGUGUGCGACGAAGCCCUCUUCUGCCUCCGGGUGCAAGAUUCGGGGGGCCUCGUGGCCUGCGGCUCCCAGCUGGGGACCACCACACUGCUGGAGGUGUCUAGCGGACUCUCCACCCUGCAGAGGAAUGAGAAGAACAUUGCCUCUUCCAUAUUUGAGCGUGAGACCCGGCGGGAGAAGAUCCUGGAGGCUCGGCACCGAGAGAUGCGGCUGAAGGAGAAGGGCAAGGCAGAGGGCAAGGACGAAGAGCAGAAUUACGAUGAGCUGGCCGUCGACCUGGACCAGCUGGUCUCCAAGGCUGAGGAGGAGUUCUUCGAAAUCAUCCACGCUGAGAUGAAGAAGAAGGAGGCUGAGGCCAUGCAGAAAAAACGGACGCCUAGGAGAAAAUCGAAGUGGAGUUGCUGA